AUGGGUAAUACAAUAAAUUUUAAAAUUUUCUUUAGUAAAGCUUCAUUUUUUUCAAGCAAUCUGUUCAAUGAACCUCAAAUGGUGGAUAAAAUGAAACAAAGUAUUGCUAAUGCUUGGCGAAACAGAUCCAUUACAACAGACCAAGUUGGUUUACAGAGUCGCAAGAAUGUGUUUUUUAAUAUUUCAAUCGGUAAUAAUUUUAUAGGUCAAAUUCAAUUCAAAUUGUUUGAUGAUACUGUACCAAAAACAGCAGCGAAUUUCCGAGCAUUAUGUACUGGUGAAAAAGGUUUUGGGUAUGAGGGAAGUGGUGACAUCACCAAUCACAAUGGUACUGGUGGUAAAAGUAUUUAUGGUGAAAUAUUUGGUGAUGAAAACUUCAUACAUCAACAUUCAAAACCCGGUAUAUUAUCAAUGGCUAAUCGUGGUCCAAAUACCAAUGGUUCACAAUUUUUUAUUACAACUGAUGUAACACGAUCGCUCGAUGGCAAAUAUGUUGUCUUUGGUGAAGUUGUUGAAGGUAUGAAUGUUGUUAAGUUAAUGGAAAAUUAUGCUUCUUCUAUCAAACGAUGUGAUACAUUCGCACAAGCAUAUCUCUUCUGUCGUGAAGUUCAACGUGGACAAGAUAUACUUCAAGAAGAAAAAUUGAUUUAUAUUCUAUCCGACGAUGAAAAUAAAGAUUUUGAUGAAUAA